AUGACAACUGUGCAGAAGCCAAACCUGAAUCGGAUGAAAGAUUACCAGACGAAGACAACCAUUCUUCCUCAUCUGUGGAACAAAUUGACGAGCACAGUGGUGAACAGUCACCUGAUGAUAGCAAGCUCAGACGACGAAGCUCGAAGGACGGAGUUAGGAAGAGCAAUGAUGAAGGCAAAUCCAAACAAAAAGUUCAAAGAUUUAGUAAAAGAACUCUUUGCAAAUCCUCCGGCGCCGAGAAAACGGGAGAGGUCCUCUCAGAAAAGCUCGGAAACUCUAGAGAAUUACAUUCGCAAAGAAGAUCAACUUUGCAACCGCCUUGAGAUUUGUUCAUCGCUGUAUUUGAGAAACAGAAGACGUGAAUUCCUGGAUCGAAUAAUAGUUUAUGAGGAGAAAUGGAUUGUAUACGACUACACGUAUCGCAAUGUCGGCCGACUAUCGAAAAAAUCUGACCCACAAGAGAAAGCGGAGCCAUCCGAUAUCUCGACGAAAAGAAGAUCAAUGCUGACGGUGUGGUGGUCAUCCUACGGUGUCAUACUCCACAAAGUUCUGUCGAGCAGUCCCUCUAAAGAAGGCAGGACUUUUACAUCUAAUGCUGUAAUUCAUAUAUUGUGCCGAUUCGGUUUUGAAUGUUUACCGUAUCCGUAUGACUCAGUGUAUCUUUCCCCUCACACUUCUUACAUCAGUACUCAUUUCGGUAAUUACUUACAUAACAGAAAGGAGCAGAUUGAAGAAGUGGAUGAUGCAUUUCGUGACUUCAUUAAAACUAAACCAUCCAGUUUUUUCAAGGAAGGAUUGGCGGAGCUUCCAACUCGUUGGAAAAAUUGCAUUAAUUCACGUGGCGAUCUUCUUGGAUAG